GAGCCGAUGCCCAUUGCCAUGGUGACCAAACAUCGCUGGCUGGGUCUCCCAUGGCGCAGCGACUUGGAUCUGCUGGCCAUGGGCAUGGAUCGAAUCAGCGCUGCGGCCUCCCAUGUCUCCACGCUGGCGGGCUUGGUGGCCCGCGAAGAGCUUCCAUUAUCUGCUGCGGCCGGCGUCUUCGAUCUGCAGGUGGAAGCCUCUUUCAGGUUCGGCAGGUCUCUCUGGGCCCCUGCGUCUGGCAGUGAGAAGGCCGCCGAUGCGGCGUACGAAGGCUGGGCACGGUUGUUCCUGGGCGUUCCACCAUGGAGGGGGCCCGCAGCAGCGCUCGGCGAGAUGGGCUGGCGCCUGUCGGGGGCUGCGCGUCUAGUGGGCGAUGUGGCUUCCAGGAGAGCCGCUUUGUGGGCACUUCCCGACGGGGACCUGUACCGAGACGUAUUCCUGGGUGCGCACGGUUGGGAGGGGGCCACGUGGGCCAAGGCCUCCCAAGUCUUUCUCAGCUCCUGGGGCAUACCAGACUGGCCGGUGUGGUCCAUCCAGCACCCGGAGGGCACAAAGGAUGGAUGCAAGGCGGAGGUCCUGGACAAAUUGGCAAG